CAAGCAUGUGUUGAUUAUAGUGGAUUUAUUAAUUAUGUGAAAGACACAUGGUUGACUCCACAUAGGCAUAGAUUUGUUGGAGCAUGGAUUAAUCGAGUCCUACAUUUGGGUAACACAACGACUAAUCGGGUUGAAUCUGCUCAUUGGAAGUUAAAGCAGAUGUUAGGAAACAGUAUAGGUGACAUGGUCAAAUGUUGGGAAGCCAUGAAUAACAACUUGAGGUUACAACUGGGAAACAUUAGAGCUUCAUUUCAAAAGAGUUUUUACGAAGUUGAGAACGCGCACGUAAGUCCCUUUUAUGGUUAUUUGCGUGGUUCCGUAUCUCGAGCUGCUUUGAGACGUAUUGCUGAAGAGUUAUUGAGAGUUGAUUAUGUUGGAACUAACAGGCAAAUAUGUGGUUGUACUCUUAGAACAUCUUAUGGGUUACCUUGUGCUUGUGAGUUAGGAAGAUACAGAGUAGGUGGUAUACCGAUACCCAUUGAUGCUGUUCAUGUUCAUUGGAGGAAACUAACUAUGGAAGUUGAGUUAGAGAUAGGUGAAGAUGAUGGAUCAGAGGUGGAUAUGACAGCUGCAAUGGAUGAGUUGUGGAGACGAUUUAGGUCAUUAGAUGUUGUUGGGAAAAGGGCAUUAAGGAGUAGGGUAUGUGAACUAGCAUACCCAACAAUGACAACAUUGUGUCCACCACCUGAGAAAAUAAAAACCAAAGGAGGAUGUCCAUAA